AUGUCCGAAACACUACAGAAAGAAGUCAUCAGCCCGGGAAAUGGCAUAGACAAACCCAAGGCCGGUGACGUAGUGACUAUGGAUUAUACAGGCUGGUUAUAUGAAAAGAACCAGCCAGAGAACCGAGGCAAACUCUUUGAUUCCUCCCAAGAGCGUGGAGAGUUCAAUACCAAGAUCGGCGUUAAGAAGGUCAUUCAGGGCACGUAUUUCCAUCUUCCCUGA